CAGGAAUGCCGAGUAUCAUCAGCGUCCAAGCCAUUCUCGCUUUCCCUGCCUCGGUGGACUAUCCAGGACCGGUUGAGAACGAUGUCUGACCCAGAAAAAGGUUCUGAAGAUCGGCGCGAUCACAUCAAUCUCGUUAACAAUAUCAACGUGCGGAUUCAAAAUCCCCUCCACGGUAUUCCUCAAGAUAAGCUGCUCGCGCAGGUAGAGGAGCUCACUAAAGAGAAAGGCUUCGAUGAGUACACGGAGACAUUCAAAAAGGGCGCGUUGCUCGCUCAGCACCCUGGUGAAUUCGAGACGCUGCUAUUGUUGGAUGAGACCGAUCGAGAGGCGAUCAGGAGGGAAAAAACACACAAAUGGUCUCAACCGAAGGACCUGUACAUGACCGUUAUCAUCUGCUCUCUCGCUGCUGCUGUGCAAGGAUGGGACCAGACCGAUUCCAAUGGCGCCAACCUGUCAUUUCCGACCGAGUUUGGCAUCCCCACAGGCGAUGGUGCUCCGAAUAGAGAACACAAUGAGUGGAUUGUCGGGACCAUCAACGCUGGGUACGUAAUGUUGGUUAUCCUUCAAUACACUCUCUCAAGAUCGUUUCCCGUGGCAAGGAGCCUUAGCUGCUUCCUCUUCUCAACGUCACCUCGCUGCACAUUUGGGGCCAUCUUGACGAUCUAUGACGGAUUGACUUUCUAGCCAUUACUUCUCUUACACUGGAAGAAAUCGUGUUUUGUAGUGGUUACGCUGAUACCCCAUUCCUUGUCCUUGUCCUUGAUUGCCGUC